AAAGGUCCUGUAUCAGAGCAAUCAGCCAUUUCAUUCAGAGACUCGCUGCAAAUAAGUCACCCAAAUUAUAUCAAUCGAAGCUUUGAAAGUCACAACACACAACAAUGCUUAUUGCCUUCAACGUAAUCUUAGCCAUAGUGGGAUUGUUCCACUUGAUUCCAAGCUCAAGCUCGGUGGUGUUACAAAGAAGAAUGGAUAGAUUUGGGAAAGCUGAGGGAUCAGCCAAGAGCGUUACAAGUGCAAUCAAUAAGGAACAGGGAAGGUCUGGGGAAGCAGAGAUGAGCGAGCAGGUAAGAAAUUACGAAGCGGGAAAACAGGAUGCGGCAAGAUCGGACCAAGAGGAACAGCAGUAUAAAUCAAAUUGGAGCUUUCUUCAAGCGACAGGAUAUAAACCUGGGUCCUCUGGCAGAGGUAACAAGUAGGGCCACUAUCAUCGACUUGAUAAGUUGACUCUAUGGGCUUCAUGGGUGGAUCAAUUUUUGUUUGGUGAACAUAUGAUUUGGUGGAAUUGCUCGUUUUGGUACUCAUCAGUAUCAGCUUAAUGCAAUUUUUUCUUCCCCACCCCUCCCCAUGAAUUAUAUUGUUAUCAUCCACAAUGGAAUCAUUUACAUAAUGUGCCCUCAAUUUUGCAACUAAAUCACCAUAUGUAAUCAAAUAAUUGGUUAUUUUGUUCUGGUUUUUCUAUAUCACUUUCAGUCCUUUUCCCAUUUCAGAUUCUUUGGAUAUAGUCGUGUUUUGUCUUGUAUUCUUUUUGAGAGUAUUCGUCAACUCAUAACUGCCUCAGGACCCCCUCUGGGGACUCUCUAACCUUUAUUAUGAAAGCCUUUAUUUCUUGCAUGAUGGCUGAAAUCAACUUCAUCUUGAGAUUGAAGCUUCCAUAAAUGCUUCGGA